AUGGCGGAUUAUAGAGAAUACAUCCCUUUAGUACAGCCUCAUACCUUCGAUCAUUCAUCUGACCCCAACCCUCCUCCAAGCGUCCAAACAUGCGGAGGGAGCUCAGAGGUACUACAAGGAAAUACUGCAAGGAAGCCUAGAGGUAGGCCUCCAGGCUCUAAAAAUAAACCCAAAACUCCCACUGUUAUAACUAGAGACAACGAUUCAGCUAUGAAGACAGCGGUUCUUCAAAUCUCCGCUGGUUUUGAUGUUAUUGAAAACAUCAUCAACUUCGCCCGUAGAAACCAUGUCGGUGUUAGUAUAAUCAGCUCCACCGGCUUUGUUUCAGACGUCAUUCUCCGAUAUUCUUCUUCUCAAGGGGCGCCAUAUCGUUUUGCUGGAGCCUUUGGGAUCCUCUCCUUGUCUGGCUCAUUCUUUGCCGAUCAUAGUACUACAUCGACGCCAUGCUCUUCUUUUAAUAUAAUUCUUUCAGGGGGACAAACCCAAUUAUUAGGAGGAAUAGUAGCUGGGAAAGUAAUGGCAGCAACGCCAGUGACGGUUGUGUUGCUUACUUUUGCAAGCCCUUCAUUUUAUAAGCUUCCGUAUGAAGGCGAUGACGAAGAUCAUCAUCACCAAACAAUGCCUUGUAACAUUGAUGGUGCCAUCCAGUGUUACAUUCCAUUUAUUCCUUGGGCUUCUUCCUAG